AUGGCUGAAGUAUUAGAAGAGAAAGGUCCAGCAGGUGGGAAAGAUGACUACACGGCAGAUGGUACUGUCGAUCUCAAGGGAAGGCCUGUUUUAAGAUCAAAAACUGGGAGAUGGAGAGCUUGUUCCUUCAUUGUAGGUUAUGAAGUUUUUGAGAGGAUGGCGUUUUAUGGUAUAUCAGCAAACCUGGUGAUAUAUUUGACAAAAAAGCUCCAUGAAGGCACUGUAGCAUCUUCAAACAGUGUCACCAACUGGACUGGAACAGCAUGGAUAUUGCCCAUUCUAGGUGCUUAUAUCGCAGAUGCCCAUCUGGGCCGAUUCUGGACUUUCAUCAUUGCAUCAGGCAUUUAUGUUGCGGGAAUGUCUCUGUUAACCCUAGCUGUUUCGGUGCCAGCCCUAAGGCCUCCAUCUUGUGGACAAGGUAUCAAAGAAGUGGAAUGCGACAAAAAAGCCUCAGCUUUGCAGAAGGGUGUUUUCUAUGGUGCAUUGUACAUAAUAGCAGUCGGUACUGGUGGAACCAAGCCUAAUAUAUCCACCAUGGGGGCUGAUCAGUUCGAUGAUUUUGAACCUAAAGAGAGGACCCAAAAGCUAUCAUUCUUUAAUUGGUGGAUGUUUAGCAUUUUCUUUGGCACCUUGUUCUCAAACACCUUCUUGGUUUACAUACAAGAUAACGUGGGUUGGACCCUUGGCUAUGCCCUUCCAACACUGGGUCUGGCAGUUUCCAUUAUUGUGUUCUUGAUGGGCACUCCACUCUACAGACACAAAUUGCCAGCAGAGAGUCCAUUCACCAGGAUGGCUCAAGUACUUGUAGCUGCUGUUAAAAAGUGGAAUGUACCCGUCCCAGAUGACCCAAAACAGCUGCAUGAGCUUAGCCUGGACGAGUACAUAGGAUCAGGGAAAUUCAGAAUUGACUAUACCUCUUCUCUUGGAUUCCUUGACAAAGCAGCUGUGGAGAGCAGUUCAAGGUCACCGUGGAUGCUAUGCCCUGUGACCCAAGUUGAAGAAACCAAGCAAAUGAUUAAAAUGCUUCCAGUCUGGGCUGCUACUUUCAUACCUAGCACCAUUUUAGCUCAAGUGCACACCCUGUUCAUCAAACAGGGAACUGUCUUGGACAGGAGCAUGGGACCCCAUUUCGAAAUCCCUCCAGCGUGCCUCACAGCUUUUGUAACCAUCUCUAUGUUGAUAAGCCUAGCCAUUUAUGACCGUUACUUUGUGCCGAUGGCUAGGCAUUACACUAAAAGACCGAGAGGAAUUACAUUGCUGCAGAGAAUGGGAAUUGGGUUUAUGUUGCAUGUUAUUGUAAUGAUCACAGCUUGCUUAGCAGAAAGGAAGAGGCUUACUGUGGCAAGAGAACACAACAUUAUUGGUAAAAAUGAGGUAGUUCCUCUCAGUAUAUUUAUUCUACUCCCUCAGUUUGUUUUGAUGGGAGUUGCUGAUAACUUUGUGGAAGUAGCAAAGAUAGAGUUUUUCUAUGACCAAUCACCAGAAGGAAUGAAGAGCCUAGGGACUUCAUACUUCACUAGCAGCUUGGGAAUUGGGAAUUUCCUUAGUAGUUUUAUCCUAACAACAGUUUCUAAAAUCACUAAGAAGCAUGGCCAUAAAGGGUGGAUUUUGGACAAUCUAAAUCUCUCUCAUUUAGACUACUAUUAUGCUGUCCUGGCCAUAUUGAGCUUCCUCAACUUCCUUCUCUAUUUAGUUGCUGCAAACUUCUUUGUUUAUAACGUGGACGUAGAUUCCAAGAGUGAUUUGCAGGGGGGGGGAAAGGAAGCUUCACUAGUCGAAGCUCAUCAAGACAACAAAAACUUGAAGGUUGGAUAA